AGUGCUUCAACGCACUUGAAUAUACACAAUCGCUUAAAGGCACAAUCUCAACCUCGCAGCAUUACUAGUGACAGCACACGAAGUGGAAAACCCCAGGAGAACCUCUGCCUGCUUCUCAUACGAGCCUCCACCUCUGGCUUGACCCCUUGAAUCGAUCACAAUGGGUGUCGGAAACAAGCGCACGCUCACAAAAACGAGACGGAAGACGCGGGACGUGGACCAAGUCAUCUCUGAUCUCCGAUCUCACAAACACCUGAAGCAAUACAAAGACACCAAAGCGCCGGAGGACCUCCCCGGGCUGGGGAAGAACUACUGCGUUGCAUGCGCCAGGUGGUUCGACACUCCCUUUACCCUGGCUACCCACGAGCGCGGAAAGCCGCACAAGAGAAGAUUGAAGCAGCUGCGAGACGAAUCCAAGGCCACCUCAAAAUCCGAACAGUCGAACGUCCUCGAAUCCGACAAGCCAGAGACGGCGCAAGACUCUACUGAUGGCGGCGUCGAAAUGGUCCUGUAGUCUAUUUCUGGAUCUCCGUCGAACGGCCGUU